AUGGAAGACGAUAGUGUGCAAAAAGAUGAAAACUGUGAAAAUUCCAUUAACAUAAAGGAUGAUAAAUCUUCCGAAAAUUUUCAGAAGUUUAUAUACGAACUAUUUGAGAAAAAUGGUGUACUCAGUGAUCUUAGAGCGUACUUACGUGGACACAUUGUUAAUGUCUUAAAAAACGUUAAUACAGAUGAUACUCCAAUGUGUCAGAAACAUUUUGCUCAGCGUCUUGAACUAACAUAUCAAGCAUUAAAUAUACUUGUUGCAGAAUAUCUUUUACGUUUGGACUUUACUUAUAGUUUAUCAGUGUUUGUAUCAGAGAUACCUUUGGCUAACAUGGUGUUUGAUUUGGCUAAUUCCCUUUUACAAACUAAAAUUGAUGAUGAUUAUAAAGAAUUGAGAUUUAAAGACAGCGAUGUUUGGUGUGUUUUAAAUUAUUUAGGUAUAAAAUGUGAUUCAGAGACUGCAUCUAAUAUAGUAUAUAUGUAUAGAGAAGAGGCAAAUUAUCCCCUUCUUCUUUGCAUUCUCAAAUGUUUACCAAUGUAUCAUAAGCCAGAGAGCUUUGAAUGUGUUAAUACAUCAGAAGCCAGUGUGUCAGGUAGUUCGAAAGUGUCAGUUGAUAGUUAUAUGAAAAGUGUGGGAAAGAAAACUAAUUCAUUGUCAAUAUGCAAGCACUAUGCCUUUUGUGACAACUGUAAACAAAGAAUGGCGAGGAUACAAAGGAAGUAUAAGCAUAAAAAAGAAACGUUAUAUAAGGACUCAAAGUCCAAUGAUAUGUUUAAAUCUGAAGGUUUAUUUAAGAAUAUCGACGUUAUGGAAAGAGAAAUUAUUGAAGAGAUGUUCAGUCAGUUGAGAACAGUAUAUGAGACAGAAGUGGAGAUGGUGCGUGAGGAAGAAGAGAGGAAGAUCAAGAGAUCUUUAGCCAAUCACGCUCUUCUACUGCAGAAGAAGUAUGAUGAGAUGGAAGAAACAUUUAAAGCACGGGAAGCGGAGUUGGAAUCAAAUGUACAAGAGAAGAAAAAGUUCCUAUGGGGUUUAGCGCGCGCGUUACGAGAUCAGCACUCCAAUAUGUCUGUAGCCAUGAACACUGUACAGAUGGAGACUGAACGACUGAACAACAAGGAGGAAAUUCUACAAAAUCAAAUAAAAGAAGCGGAACAUACAUUGAGAAAAAAAGGUGAAGAAAUGAGAAAUCAAAUAACAAACGAAAUGUUACAAUUAGAGUCUCGCUUAAACUCUAUGCGGAUAGAAAGAGAUGCGAUAGAAAGAGAGAGAAGUGAGUUGGAGAAGUUAAAAGAAAUAUGCGAUAGUAAUACUAAAAUCAGUUUAAACAAUAUAAAAGAAAGAGAAGAACUGAAUUCACAAUAUGAUUUGUUAAGAGAUGAAUUAUCAAGUUUGAAGGAACAUUUUUCUAACAAAUGUCUAGUGGAAACAGGGGUUAUGACUGAAAAAGAAUUUAAUACAGGAAUGAAUAAUGAACAAGAUAUAGAACGUUCUGUGAGAAGUGAAGACGCGAUACGGAGACCUAAUCAAUUAAUUAACGAUCUAAAGAAAUAUAAAAACGUUAAUUUCAAUCAGAGUAACUUAGAAGAAAUAUCAGAGCGCAGUCGUUCAUCUUUAUUGGAAAGUUCAGCUGAACGCGGCAGACAUCUUGAAUCUAUGUUACGAUAUGAGAACGAACGACUUAAAGCUUUCUCUGAACAGCAACGCGAGCAUAUCGACGAGCUUGCUCGCGAGCAAGUGCGGUUGCGCGCCGAGCUUGUAGCCGCAAGGCUCGGCUCGCCGCGUCCCCGCACUGCACCUCCUCUCAUACCUCCCACACAAGGUGUGAACCCGAGUGGUGUGCGGGGCGCGUGCGGGCUGCGGCGUGGCGCGGGCGAGGAACUGAGCGUGUUCGCACAGCCCCGUCCCCUGCUGCCCACUGAUCCCAUACCCUUCCUCGGUACUCUCCCCCACGCACGCGCCGACAGACACGCGGACACUCGACGGUACAUGAUAAAUCAAUGGCGGGGUCUACGGCGCCUGCCCCCCACCACCCCGCAGCCAGGCUCAUCUACUAAACACAAUACUGAAGAAACGACUAACAAGCGACAAAGUGAGUCGCAAGAAGCUGGUCCUUGUGCUAACUUUUUAACUGAGGAUAUAGAGGACAGUAAUCAACAACCGCCAAAAAUAGUGAUAGAAGGAAAAAAAAGAGAAAAGAGUCCGAAAUCAGUUUUACGUGAAGCGAAACAGAAGUUGAGGAACAAAGACAUUAAAAAACAAGAAGCAAACACAUCACGAGAAAAAAGUCCCAACUCGAUGCUUCGCGAAGCAAAACUUCGACUUCGGAAAUUGGAGAUAGAAGCAGAAGCGGUAGAGAAGUCAUACUUGGACUUUAAGAGGAAAAGAAACGAAUUGAGAAGAGAAGAUGACAAGUUCACAGAAGAGAGUGUCCCCAGUGUAGAGGAAAGUGCACACAACUUAUGUAAGUUAGAAAAAAUUAUAUAUUUUUUAUAUCAUAAGAAAGAAAUUAUGAAACCUCAUUUUGAAAAUAAAACAACAACAGCAAAUAAAAUCAAACCUAUUCCAAUCGCAUACAAAAUGACUGACAAUAUUGAAACGAUACAAAAUGUAGAUUAUAUAAACACACCUUUAAAUGAAUUUAGAAAACUUUAUCAUAAUGAAAAACCAAGACAUUUAGAAAAACCAGACACAAUAAUAGAAAUUAAUAAUUCAAAUAGUGAUCAAAAAUAUGGACUUUCUAAUGAUAAUAUACCUUGUAAAGAUGAAAUUGAUGAUAUACUAAAUAUAGAAAAUAAUAAAGAAGGAAUAGAAGAUAAAUCAUUAUUGAAAGUAGAAUUAGAUAAUUUGAUAGAAACAGCAAGCGUUAAAAUGGAUGAAGGCGAUUUAAUGGUUAUAAUUGAAACUUCAAUAGCAAGUGAACUAACAAUUUCUCAAGAUAACGACAGAAUUACACCAGUGAGUGUAUUAACACCUAAAGAUAUUGAAUUAUCUGAUAAUUCUAAAAAUAUAAAUUCAAAAUCAUCAAUUUCUAUUAAAAGUCAUUCAACAAAGUUACCAAUUAGUAAAGAGACGCCAGAAAAAGCAGCUCAUUUGACGAGAAAAGAUGUUUUAAAUGCUAUAUUCGAUAUAGAAACGAAAGAAUUAUCAAAUGCAGAUAUAUUUAUGGAUGAUUCUAAAAAUGGAUUAGAUUCUAUUGAAGCAGAUAGCGAAGUAAAAGAUAACGGAGAUGAAUUCUUAGCAGACGUUGAUAAUUAUAACAGCAGAUCUGAUCUCGGGAAUUCCCCGAUAUCUCACGCUAAAACAUCCGAUGAUGAUAUAUUUUGGGAUUAAAUUAAUCAAAAAAUAAAGUAAAA